AACCGUUAUUAAGCACUGCUAAUUUUUUACAUAAAAAUGGACGUACAGAGUUAAUCUUAAAUUGUUAUAUGAUAUCUCUCUUUAAGACGAACAUUUCCGUCUUACAUAAUUUUUCUGUUUUUUCUAACAUUUCUCAUUGCUGCUCUGCUCCUAUUCAUAUUAGUGUGAUAUAUCUCCUAUAUCCUUCCUCAAUAAGUCACCUAUCUAACAGUGAAAGAUUUUUUCUAUCCAAAAUCCAAUCCAAUCAAUUCCAGCAGUUAAUGAGAUGAACAAAUGAACAAACUCUUCAGCUUAAUCUUUAAAGCCAACGAUUGACUACUUAGCUUUAUUAUUUAUUUUUAGUCUUGAAAAAAUGGCCGCAGCAACAGAACUAGAAAUGUUGCAGGUAAUAAUGUCGUUACCAUAAAAAUGUACUCGAAUGUCGGCCUUAGUUCUUUAAGAAUUUUGCUGAUUGGACAUAAAACAUAUGAAUUAAAAAAAAUACUAAUUAAAAUUCCGCUUGAUCAAGGUAUCAAAUAUCAAUCUUUGUGAUAAACAAUAACGUUACAGCAUAUCUUAUCUGUAAUUAUAUCCGUAAACUAUAUAAUAAUGGAAAUAAGAUUACAAUGAUUAAGAUAUUAUUAUAGGUAUAUUAUUUUCUUCUUAUUCUUAUAUUUAGUUUUAUAGCUGUUACCUGCGGGCUCGCCUGCUACUAAUCGAAAAUGAUAUCACGGGAACAUAAAAUCCUAAAAUCUAUCUAAUGUGGGUAUAAACUAUCAUCCUACCAAGUUAAGUUUAAAUCCAUUCAGCCGUUUUUGCGUAAAAGAGGAUCAAAGAUCCAUACAAACAAACUUUCAAAUAUUAGGAUCUUUCAGACAUGAUACCCAUCAUAAGGUUUUAAAAAUAUAUACAAAUUUAAUUUAUUUGUUUAAGAUUUUGAAUGGAAUGUAGAAAACUUUCCAAUUAAGGCGCUCUAAAUAUUUUGAACAAAUAUGUGACACUUUCUACAAAGCCGUACUCGGGAACGACAUUGAUUUUCGUGCUAAUAGUGUAAAUUGUUAGUUAGGUUCGGGUCAUCUGCUUCGUGCUUGUAUCGUUCUACAUACUACAGUACCGCUAAAAAUUAUCGCAAUUUUACACCCAGCACAUCUGCCCAGAGCAUGUGUAUUUGAAAAUAUUUAGGCAAAGCUGUCAUUUCCUAGUCAGUUGUUGUGUGGAUCAGUCGAGUAACUUGGUGUGGACAAAUGUACUUUAACAAAAGCCAAAAAUGAAUCGAGUUGUAAUUCUUAUAGUUUUGUUAAAUUGUUUUCAAAUAUACCAAGUGCAUUCAGUAAGGUUGCCGGGACCUUUAGUGUACGUAGUAACACCGUCAUCGCGAACCCCGCAGAACGAUGAAGGCAGAUCGGCGCCGUUCUACUACCACAAGUGGAUGAGCAGGAUGGAUACACCAUGGAACGCAACUGAUACAAUCUCAACAACAGAGAAGCCGAAAACGCCUGACUUAAUAUUUGCUGAAUUUGAAUCGGACAACAACCACAUAAAAUCAAUUCGAAAACUUUUAGAAAAAGAAAAAAUACAAUCUAAAACGACUACGACCACUACUGCAAGACCUAUUUAUGUUCCUGACGAAGAAUCGAACGAGUCUUCAAAUUACGGUUUACCCAAAGCGACGACCAAGAAACCCCAGACUGUUGAUAUGACUGAUUAUUUCGCGCUAAGCAGCAAUUCAUACGAUUCUGGGCCUGUGUAUGUGCCUCCUAAAUCACCACCAAUUGUGCAAUUGCCACCUGUAACUACAAGUACAACACCCUCGACUACAACUUCCCAGGCCCCAAUCAAUGACGUCCAAAAUAUAUGGCAUAUCAUCGACAAUGAGAAGCACAAUCAAUUUUCUCAACAGUGGCAAGAGGAGCCCAUCAGUUCUGAGCAAACUAUUAAAGAAGACAAAAAUGAGGACCAGUUUGCAAGUCAUGAAGUUCAAUCAAACGACGAUAAAAUGGAAGAUGCAGCGAUUGAUGAAAACUUUGCUAUACCUGGAUUCGGCACUAAUCCUGGUAGCGGUGCCGAAAACGAAUCCCGUGCAAUACGUACCGAACCCAAUUUUCGCUUUCCUUACGUAGAUUUAAAACCAUUUCAAAUGAAAAAUACGAAAAAGUCUCAAUUCAAUUCAUAUUCCUCUGGUAGCAAGGGUCACAACAUGUUCAAUUUAGAUAGUUUCACAGAGAUAAAGAAUCCAAUUAGGGGCGAAGUACAAGAAACAGGAGUACCUAUGCGCCAACCUAUAGAUAGAUAUAACCCAGCUCAGCCAUACUUACCACCACAGGCCCCACCUGCUGCACCUGCAGUACCGUCAGGUCCGCCGCCACGUCCGCCGCCGCGUCCAGUAAACACAGUUGCAAGACUAGUACCCCCACCGCCCCCGCCGCCACCUUCUCCUGUUGCCGACGAUUUCCCAACUCCAAGUACUUAUGACUCAUUUCCACCCUACGCACCUGCAGCGCCAGCGCCAAGGCCUGCGGUUUCAUCAUUCAUGCCAUCUGAUGACAUGGAUUCUGACUCUCCUCCCAGUGACAACGACGGACCUCCAUCAGACAUUGGAUACAGGUACAAACCACCUUCUGCUCCAUCGCCACCAUUUGCUCCCACGAUCUCCCCGCCAAGUAAACCAUUAAUGGGGUAUUCUUACGAUAAACCAUCAAUAAUGCUCGGUGGUAAGCCUCCGAUGGCGGACACGGGAAGUAAACCAGACUUCGAUGGUUAUCACUACAGUAAACCUGAGGCACCACCUUCACCGCCACAAGACAAUGGUCCAAAUUAUGGUCACCAUGAUGAGCCUCCACCUUCCUAUAAGCCAGAAGCUGAUUAUCCAGAACUUGUAUUUGACAAGCCACCAGGGAUGACAGGAGACCAUAAAGGGCAUGAUAUGGGAAUGAUGCCACCGCCUCCACCACAAGCCGACGCCAAGCCCGACCAUGAUUCUCAUGGACCACCAAUGGAUGACCACGGCUUUCCUCACGACUUUCCUGGAGAUUUAAAGUUUCACCAUGAUUUCGAUGAACACGAUCAUGAUCAUUAUCAUUAUCAUCACCCCACCACGACGACCACUGAGAUGCCUCGUGUGAACCGAUACAGUUACUAUUAUUUAGGGAAAAAGUUGUAUUACUUGCCUUUGUACUUUAGUGUAUACUUUAUUGUUUAUGUCGGAGCACUGAUUAUUAAGGCAGUGUUACGUCAUAAGAUUACUUAUCCUAACAGCUACAGACCCAAUACAAACACAGCGACCUUUUUCUCAAAGAGGUCUAUUGAGUCGCACCUCGCUAAUGAGAAUCUCCAUGAGAUAACUGGAAGAGUUACGAAGGCUAUCGCUGAAGCGGCUGAAAAAUAUGUUGAUGAUCGUAAGAAGUUACAAUAAUGUGGGUUAUAUUAGGCUUAAGAAGAUUUUGGGUUUAGCGUGUACAGAUAAUUUAGUUAAACCAAGUAAACUUCGUUGAGAACUGGACACGUUUAAGUGUGGCUUAAUUGUGGUUUUUACUUGAAUGUCGUUCAUUAUCGCAACGAAUACUAUUGAGUUAAGGUUAAAAUAAAUAAAAUGUUUAAAAAA